AUGUCUAUUCAAAGAGAGACCUCAACAGUGAGAGAGCUUGAGAAUGGCUCUAUUCAGAGCGAGAAAGUUCUUGGCGAUCCCGAAAACCCGAAAAAUUGGACCUCCAUGAGAAAAUGGAAAACCAUAUUCGCUAUGAGCUCAUUUGUGUUUAUGAGUCCAUUAUCCUCAAGGAUUGUCGCACCAGCAUUGCCCGCAAUUGCGUCCGACCUGAACAUCACACAGCCAGCAGUUGAAAAAAUGGUUCUUUCAAUCUUUCUUCUUGGCUUUGCGUGCGGCCCGCUGGUGGCAAGCCCACUUUCUGAAGUCUAUGGCCGCGAGAGGGUUGUCCAAACAUGA